AUGGGAUCCAAGCUGCGCUGCGAGGCUAAAGUCAAGAGAGGUACUCGAUGCCGUCGACUUUCCUCGGAGCUGUCAGUUUACUGCAAACAGCAUGCGAAUAUGAUAAAGAAAGACACCGGUGCUACAAAGGCGGAUACUUCAAAUGUUAUGGUCAAAAUCGAAAGUCAGGAAAGCUCUCCGGAAUCGAGUAAGGUAUCCGAAGAAUCUGACUUAGAAUCAACAACACCAUAUGACCAUGCCGAGACGUACUACGAUGACACCCUGGGUGGAUGUGCCAAUUCCUUCAAAAUGGGUGUCAUGAACGAUAACUGCCAAUGCGCAAAGAACGAAAAUUUCGGGAACAUGACAGCACACAAUAUGGUAAACUCGCCCAUACAACAAACCUUCAACCUAAUAAGCAAUUUUCAGGACCGUAUGCCCAUAACAAUCAACGAUUGCCAUCCUACCCUCCACAACAUCAUCUACUACAUUGGUCCUGCGCUCUUGGAUCAAGCUAAGCGUUUUGAACAUCUUAUCGAUAAGACCAAACACGCGAGUAAAAAGAGGCCCAAUGAGGUGGAUGCCGAUACUGUCAAUUCAAAUCCCUUGACCCCUCAUAAUGGGGAACGACGUGAUUACAAACGCCCUAUGGAGAAUAGGAAGGCCGCUAUGCAGGAUACAGCUCUACGCCUGAAUGAAAUAGCCUUUCUUCUGAGAAUCGCCGCGGCAAUCUGCCACGACAGUUGA